AUGGCAACUGCAGAAGCAUAUUUUGAGGUCGGCUCAGGUUCAUGUAGGAGAAGAUUCUCUGAUUCCAUCAAAGUUCCGAUUUUUAAUGAUCUCACCGAAAGAAACGGAGAGUUUGAAAGAAUAAUCAAGACUCAAGAACGAUUUCUUAUUUCUAGGGUUCCAGCAAUGUCUACUACGAUUCUCGGUGAUUCAAUGGCGAAGUCUGCUCCGGAAUCUCAAUCAACAACUAUUAAGAUCAGUAGCGCACAGGUGGAAGUCGAAUUCGUCAAAUGCGAAUGCUGUGGAUUGACAGAGGAAUGCACGCUCGAUUACAUAUCUAGAGUUCGUGAAAGGUAUCAAGGACGAUGGAUCUGUGGUCUGUGUGCCGAAGCUGUGAAAGACGAGAUUUUCAGAUCGGAUAGGCUCAUCAACGCUGAAGAAGCUUUGAAUCGACACAUGAAUUUCUGCAAGAAGUUCAGAUAUUCGAAUCCUCCGACUAAUCCCACCGAGCAUCUGAUAUCCGCAAUGAAGCAGAUUUUUAGAAAGAGCUUGGAUUCUCCGAGAGCCGUGAAGUAGACCCCGAGUAGUCCUCUCAGAAAAGAA